AUUUAGUUUUAUUCCGCCGCGAAAAAAUGCCGAAAGUACGAGCAGAAAAGAAAUCCCGUACGCACGAAGGUGUUGCAAAGCAAGGUAUCGUGUUCAACAAGGACUUUGGGCAACACAUUCUCAAGAACCCGCUCGUCAUCACCUCCAUGCUGGAAAAGGCAGCUCUCCGGCCGACGGAUGUAGUGCUUGAAAUAGGUCCCGGUACCGGCAACAUGACGGUAAAGAUACUGGAAAAGGUGAAGAAAGUGGUUGCGUGCGAAAUCGAUACGCGACUCGUUGCAGAGCUGCAGAAGCGCGUACAGGGCACCAACAUGCAACCGAAGCUGCAAAUCCUCAUCGGCGAUGUGCUAAAAACAGACCUACCAUUUUUCGACAUUUGCGUUGCCAACAUGCCAUAUCAGAUAAGUUCACCGUUCGUGUUUAAACUGUUGCUUCAUCGGCCAUUCUUCCGGUGUGCGGUGCUAAUGUUUCAACGCGAAUUCGCUCAACGGCUCGUGGCCAAACCAGGCGAUAAGCUGUACUGCCGGUUAAGCAUCAACACGCAGCUGCUGGCCCGUGUCGACAUGUUGAUGAAGGUGGGUAAGAAUAAUUUUAAACCACCGCCAAAGGUAGAAUCGAGUGUGGUACGAAUCGAACCAAGGAAUCCACCGCCACCGAUCAACUACACCGAAUGGGACGGAUUGACCAGAAUUGCGUUCCUGCGCAAAAACAAAACACUUGCCGCAGCAUUCAAACAAACUACCGUACUGGCCACGCUAGAAGAUAACUACAAAUUGCACUGUUCGUUGAAGAACGUGGACGUUCCGGUAGAUUUGAACGUGAAAGCGAUGGUAGAAAACAUAUUGGAAAAGUUGGACGCUGGUAACAAGCGUGCACGAUCGAUGGAUAUCGAUGAUUUCAUGGCUGUUUUGCAGGCGUUCAAUGCUGAGGGCUUUCAUUUCAGCUAAACACA